AUGGCCGGAGUUAAGCGCAAGUCCGCCGAGUUGGCCAAGGUCGCUGGCGACAAGAAGAGCAAGAAAUCAAAGUCCGUUUCCGAACCGAAGAGCGUCAAGGCGGCGAAAAAGAGCAAGAAGGAACCCGAGGACAUUGUCGAGUCCGAUACCACCGAGAGCGAGCAUGGCUUCUACGGAUACUCGGCGAAGAACGGGGACGAGCAGGACGGCGACGUCAACAUGGAAAGCGAGGACGAGGAGGAGGGCGGUGUCUCGACAGGCAUCGUCAACGAAGAGCGUAAGAAGUUGGUUCUGGGCGCAGAUGGCGCAGGAAAUUCCUCUUCCAGGGAAUCGCAUCAGAAGCAGAAGCAGCUCGCCAAGGACCGGAAAGCCGCUAAGCCGCACGCCGACGAUAUUCAGAGAUCCAAGAAAAUAUGGGAGCGCUUAAGGCGCAAGUCCCAUGUGCCCAAGGAGGAGCGUGACGCGCUUACAAAGGAGCUGUUUGAAAUCAUCACGGGAAGAGUUAAGGACUUUGUCUUCAAGCAUGACUCUGUCCGUGUCAUCCAGUGCGCGUUGAAGUACUCGAACCCGGCGCAACGCAAGAUGAUUGCAAAGGAGCUCAAGGGCGAGUUCAAGGGCCUUGCUGAGAGCAGAUACGCCAAGUUUUUGGUCGGAAAGAUCCUAGUUGAAGGGGACCAGGAAACCCGUGAUAUGGUCAUUGCCGAGUUCUAUGGCCAUGUUCGUCGCAUGAUCAACCAUCCUGAGGCCUCUUGGAUUCUGGACGACAUUUACAGAGGCAUGGCGACGCCUAAGCAAAAGGCCAUGCUCCUCCGCGAGUGGUACGGUCCCGAAUUUGCCAUCUUCAAGUUGGCCAAGGGCGAGGAGCCGACUGCGACUCUCUCGGAAAUCUUCGAAAAGACCCCCGAGAAGCGCAAGCCCAUUAUGGAGUACCUUCACCACAUGAUCAACCAGCUCAUCCAGAAGAAGUUGACCGGUUUCACCAUGCUUCACGACGCUAUGCUGCAGUAUUUCCUGAACACGAAGCCUGGCAGCGACGAAGCCACCGAGUUCCUUGAGCUUCUCAAGGGCGACGAGGAAGGCGAUUUGCUGAAGAACUUGGCCUUUACGAGGAACGGUGCCCGCGUUGCUUGCCUUGCCCUUGCGUACGGUACCGCCAAGGACCGCAAGAACAUCCUCAAGGUUUACAAGAAGAACAUUGAGAUUAUGGCUCACGAUAACUGGGCGCACCAAGUCCUCUUGACUGCCCUGGACGUCGUCGACGAUACUGUUCUCACGGCCAAGUCCAUCUUCCCCGAACUCCUCGCCACCGACUCCGGCAUGGAGACGCAGCAGGAGAAGCUCCUUGAACUGGCCAACAGCAAGAUCGGGCGCAUCACGGUCCUGUACCCCAUCGUCGGGCGCGCCAAGUGGCUGUUCCCCACCAACGACGACCUCGCCGUGCUCGACGAAGUGCACGAGAUCCGCAAGACGACGUCCAAGAAGGACGCCGAGGCGCGGCGCAAAGAAGUCGUCAAGGCCUACUCGGGCGCGCUGCUCAGCAUCAUCGCAGCGGACCCGCUCGCGCUCGCCGAGUCGUCCUUCGGCUGCCAAUUCAUCACAGAAGCACUGUUGGGCACCGAGGGCGACAAGACGGCGGCCGUCGACGCGGUGGCGGCCAUUGCGGGCGGCGACCCCAAGGACCCGCAGCACCUGCAGCACUCGUCGUUUGCGACGCGCAUGUUCAAGACGCUGAUCAGCGGGGGCCACUUCGACGCCAAGACGAAGCAGGUGGUGCCGGUGGAGCCGCCGCUCGGCUUCGGCAACAAGAUCUACGCGCACGUCAGGGAGUGGCUGGUCGACUGGGCGACGGGGGAGAGCUCGUUCGUCGUGGUUGCGCUGGCGGAGGCGCAGGGCGGGUUCGCGAAGAGCGACGAGGUGCUGAAGAAGCUGCGGAAGGCGAAGAAGGAGCUGGAGAGGGCGGCGAGGGGCGAGGGCCAGCCGGUGAAGAAGAAGGAUGUGGAGGAGGGGAAGAGCGAGGGCGCUGCUGCCUCUAAGAAGGCCAAAGGCAAGAAGGACAAGAGCCCCGCUGCUGCUGCUGCUGCUGCUGCUGAGCCGAAGGGCAAUGCUGGCGCGCGCAUCUUGCUGGGAAUGCUGUAA